AACUGCCUGCGCAGCCAUUUUGAGGGGGAAGGCAGAGGACCCGUCGAGCGCUAAUGUACUGUUAUUAGCCGCCCUGAAAGACACACACAGGCACACACAAAGAAACCGAACGGGGCACACGUUGGACGGCACGUCGUUAAAUAUGGGCCCACCAGGAGACAGAACACGCCACACAUCGACUGAUAGAACGGGGGAUCUCCGCUGGAUGGUCGAUUUAUCUUGACAUGGCAUGCGGCGGGGCGAGCCGGAGGUUGUGACGACUGAAGAAAAGAGAAAGAACUAGCUCGAAGCGUCAGACGUUGGAAGAGGGGGGGGGGAGAUUUUUUGUUAAGCUAACGCUUGUUUCGCAGUUCAGCGUUUGUUUUAAUCGAUUACCAACUGAUUUGUGUCGAAAGUUGUUGACGACAGUUUAAUAUGGAGCUGAAAUAGUGACCAGAAACAGUUACAACGUCAGUCUUCCGACUUUUAAUAACAACACUGACAGUCUCGUUGAGCCAGAAAAUGUAAUAAAAGGCGUGGUAAGAUGACUGACCACACUUAAAAAGCCUCAGUUAAGCCAGUCUGUCUUAAAAUAAGAUGUAGCUUUAUCACUGGUUCGCUACUAGUUAGUGUCAGAAAUGAAUACCUAGGUUGGCUUGCUAGCUAGCUAGCAGACCUUAGCUAGUGUGCUAAAAAUACGCCCACAUCAUGACCAUCAGCUGUGGCAGCAGCACGGGCCCAGGGCCAGAUGAGUGACGGAAAAAGUUCAGGAAAUGUCGGUUUACUUUCGCUGUAGUCUUCGAUGUUACCGGGUGCCUGUAUCUGUUGGCAUCUGUGUCUACCUGCCAUGUUCGUCUGUAUCCCCAGUCCGCCUGUAACACGCUCAUAACACAGUCUGUGUUCAGAGAAACAAAACAAAACCGCAGCCAUGGAUCAGGGACUUUGAGAUGACCCAGUUAAUAGAAUAUCGGUCUGCUCGCUGUAGUUCACAAUCUCAUUAGCAAACAAACAAAAAAAAAUGUCACCAAUAUGUGUUGUAGCAGCCUUUUCUAUUAGUUUCAGUUAUCAUUUAUAAAAAAGAGCCACCUUUGAGUUGUUGUUUUCUUGAAAUCUGUUGUACUCAUUUCAGUGGCAGUUGGAAAAAAAUAAGUUAAUUUGGCUUCAAGGCCAUGUCUUAAAACAUGGGUUUUUGACCAGGUAUAAAGGCAAUGGAGUCUUAGCCUGUUGAGCAUUCCCCUUCUCAAAACUGCCUUUUUACAACAACCAAAUAUUAAAAUGACUUAGUUUAAAAUCCGAUUUGUCGGUCUUUUAAGUUCAUAGUGGUUAGAGGAUCUAGUUUUAGAGUUUUGAUGCAUUGUCAGCUCCAUCCUUUCUUAAAAGUAUAGAAUAAAUACAGUGUCGCUAAAGUACAUCACACGAGGGGAAGAGACACUACCAACAAAAUAACCAUGGGGGACCCAACUUCACGAAGAAACCAAACAAGAAACCGGCUUCGAGCUCAGCUUCGGAAGAAAAGGGAAUCUUUGGCGGAUCAGUUUGACUUCAAGAUCUAUAUAGCCUUCGUUUUCAAGGAAAAGAAGAAGAAGUCUGCACUUUUUGAGGUAGCUGAAGUGGUGCCUGUGAUGACCAACAACUACGAAGAAAACAUCCUAAGAGGUGUGCGCGAUUCAAGCUAUUCUCUGGAGAGUUCAAUAGAGCUCCUUCAAAAAGAUGUGGUGCAACUACAUGCCCCCCGAUACCAGUCAAUGCGAAGGGAUGUGAUAGGCUGCACACAGGAAAUGGAUUUUAUCCUUUGGCCACGCAAUGAUAUUGAGAAGAUUGUCUGUCUGCUGUUCUCCAGAUGGAAAGGGGCCGAUGAUGAGCCCUUCAGGCCUGUGCAGGCCAAGUUUGAAUUUCAUCAUGGAGACUACGAGAAGCAAUGCUUGCAUGCUUUGGGUCGUAAAGACAAAGCUGGAAUGGUGAUGAACAACCCAACCCAGUCUGUAUUUCUCUUUAUGGACAGACAACACCUGCAGACUCCUAAAACCAAGGCCACGGUUUUCAAGUUGUGCAGCCUGUGCCUGUAUUUGCCCCAGGACCAGCUGACCUGCUGGGGCGUGGGAGACAUCGAGGAUCACCUCCGCCCAUACAUGCCUGACUAAGGCUUCUUGCUUCACCCAGCCACACAGAGACAAGCCUUUACCUCUCCUUCCCUCCCUAAGCCUUCAGAAGCAAAUUGAUGUACUCAUCUCCUCCCUGUCCCUUUAAAAGAUUUGAACUUGUGCUUGGAUCUCCUUUUUGUUCCCCCACUCAUUUUCUCCCUCUAACCUGAAGCCCAUUUGCUUCCCAUCCUUUUUUUUUUUUUUACCCCAUUCUUCCCAUGUUUGUCCAAAUACUUCCUCCCAUUUUUUUGGAUUGGCUCUGACAUUUUUAUUUUACUUCAUUCCCUUUUCCUUACUCACCCUUUCUUUCAUUUUGUUUGCUUUUUUAAAAAAAAUUUUAUUUGAACCUGCACGGACAUUGAUUUUUUGAGUGGUUGGUUGUUCUCUUGGAGCCACACAGUCAACAGCAUCGGUCACUGAAUGAACUCUUUAUGUUGCAUCUAAACCGGAACAAACAAUACACAAGUCUUCAUGGUGGUUACGAUGGACAUGUUUUAUAUCCUUGAUGUGAUAAGAAAGGAUUGUUAAAGCUUGUUUUGUAAUGUUACUAGGGCUUCUAAAACAAGUUUAGACAAUUUUUUUUUGCCCAGGAUAGGCAUGAGCAGGUAUCAGAACACCUGUACAGGCAAAGAUAACAAGAGGAAGAGUGUUUGUCAAAUCAUAUUGGUGUAGGUAUUGCUUCUUAUAAACUGCCUUAGUUUGAUUUGCUGGACUUAAAAGAUGUUUUUGUGUCAUUUGCUUUUCUCAGAAACAUACUAAACAGGCCUUUGACUAAAAUCGCGAGUAUCUCAAAAGGCGUUGUGCAGAGUUAAGACAUGUUGGUAUGUUGAAGUUGAUUUUUCACAGUUCAAUCCGUUCAUGCACUAUUUCAUUUAAGCUACUGAAAUCGGAUGUUUUGCGCAUUGUUUUUUUUUUUUUUUGGAGGGAUGUGGGUCGGUGAUGAAUUGCAAUGGUGACAGAUUUAACAGUAAUUAUAAUAAUAUACCUAACAAAAAUGUUUUGCUUAAAGCUAACUGAUUUCUGUUUAAUUUGAUCUAUUAAAGUUGCGAAUCUGCUGCCAAGCGUCUUUAAAUUAAAAUUGAGUUUUGAAGGGUUUGCUUUUUCAAAGACUAUGAAGUACAGUAGUACGUAAAGUUUCGCUCCUUGCUGAUUCAAUGUGUUUUAGCUGAAAAAAGGGUGUAAGGCAUGUAACUUCUGGGUUUUGAUUUUCUGUUCUCUAAUCUUUACUGCUGAGCAUAUCUCAAUACAGUGCAAAGUCUGAAAAAAAACCCC